CAAGGGAGUGGAUGCUUCUUUGGGAGUGCCUACCUGUUAGGUAGCUCAGAACCUAUACGGAAGUUCAGUAACGGCUACAGGAAUAGCAAGGCUACCACAUUCAAAACAACAUUUUAGGUGUCACUUUGUUACAUGUACCACACAUUUAUGUAGCAAAUGUUCAGCGAAUCUUGAUUGGGAACCAAAGCUAAAAGCACGGGAAUGCGGCGACGUGACGCACUUCUGUCGGAGAGCGGGGGAAUUCAACAGCACCAGAACCAAAGCCAAUCUUUACCUAGUGCCGAACAACCUGUGACAUCCACAAGCAACAUGAAUCCAGACGCAUUCAGCGACACCGGGACCUUUGGAGGAGGGAGCCCAGUCCAGGAAUUGAGUCCGAGCGCCGUCAACCAAAUGCUGAUGGAAUUCCUUAUGUAUUUUGGGAGAGCGAUUUUAUUUUUUUAUCCUGUUUACUUGACAGGAUAUUUCGGAUUUAGCAUCAGCUGGGUCUUGUUGUGUAUGAUGAUGAUCACCUGGUGGAAGAAAAAUCGAAAGUGGAAAGAUGUUCGAAUUGAUUCGGCUAUAAACUUUUUCGAUAACGAAAAACAAGUUAUCAUCAAAGAAUUGAAAACGUUAAACAUGGCAUCGUGGGUCCACUUUCCUGAUGUUGAGAGAGUUGACUGGCUAAACAAGAUCCUACAGCAGGCUUGGCCUUUCUUUGGCAUGUUUAUGGAAAAACUCCUCAAGGAGAAGAUCCAGCCCUCCAUCAGGCUGUCCAGCCCCCACCUCAAGACCUUCUCCUUCACCAAGGUCCACUUUGGCCAGAAGCCUGUCAAGAUUACUGGGGUGCAAGUGUAUACUCACGAGGUGGAUAAGAGGGAGGUGAUCCUGGAUAUGAAUGUGAGUUACGAUGGAGAUGUGGACAUUGACGCUCAGGUGAAGCCGGCUAUCUCCGCUGGAGUGAAAGGAGUUCAGUUCCAGGGGAUGCUACGCGUUAUUCUGGAGCCUCUGGUUGGACAGGCUCCUCUGGUGGGAGGAGUCACCAUGUUCUUCAUUCGCCGCCCGACUCUGCAAAUCAACUGGACUGGAAUGACCAAUUUACUAGACACUCCAGCUCUAAGUCACAUCUCCGAGGGGGCUAUCAUGGACAUCAUCGCCUCCCUCAUGGUCCUCCCCAACCGCAUGUGCUUCCCCCUCAUAGACCAGGUCAAGGUGGACCAGAUGAGGUUCCCUCUGCCCCGCGGAGUGGUGCGAGUGCACCUGCUGGAGGCUAGGGACCUGGUAGCGAAGGACACCUACAUGAUUGGGAUGGUGAAGGGUAAGUCUGACCCUUACGCCAUCCUCAAGGUGGGCAACCAACAGGUCAAGAGCAAAACCAUCUUCAAGAACCUCCAUCCACGCUGGAAUGAAAUUUACGAGUUUGUGGUCCAUGAGGCCCCAGGACAGGAUCUGGAGCUGGAGCUGUACGAUGAAGACACGGACAAAGAUGACUUCUUGGGCAGUUUUAACCUGGACUUUGGAGAGGUCAAGAGGGAAAAAGAGAUGGACCAGUGGUUUCGUCUGGAGGAGAUCCAGAGUGGAGAAGUGCACCUGAGGCUACAGUGGCUCUCCCUGCAGACUGACCAGAGCCUGCUAGCACAGACCACAGAUGGAUGUGCCUGUGCCAUGUUGGCUGUGUACCUGAACAACGCCUCCAAUCUACCGACAGAGCAAAGUGAGUUCAGCCACAAUGAGAAACAUGGGAAACAUGCCAAACAAGCCCGGCUAACGAAGAGGAGCGCCAAUAAUCUCAACUCCUACGUGGAGUUCUCCAUCGCUGAGCAGAGCCGCAAGAGCAAGAUUGUAUAUGGAUCCAAAGACCCUGUGUGGGAGGAAUGCUUCACGUUCUUCGUUCACAGUGUAACAAAUCAGCAGCUCAACAUUCAGGUAAAGAAACCAGACAAGAAGGCGAUACUGGGCACGCUGGACAUUCCCAUGAGCCGCCUGCUGGGAGCCUCAGACAUGACCCUGGACCAGCGCUUCCUGCUGGAGCGAUCCGGAGCCAUCAGCCAGGUCCAGAUGAAGGCCACGCUUAGGAUCCUGAAGAUUGAAAAACCCCAACCUAAGGAUCCACCUCCCCAACGUCAACCUCAAGCACAACCCUCACAGAGCAGCCAGGGUGGCACUGGACCACCUCCCGCGUCCUCCUCCGCCCUACCCUCCUCUCACGCCCAGGCACCAGCCCACACCCAAACAACUUCUGCUGGAGCUCCUUCUUUCAACGGGCACCAGGGUGACUACGUCUCCCAACGUCACGGGUCCUUCCUGGCGACGGACACCCGCAGGACAGCCCCUGCCACCCCGCUCAUGCGGCGCUACGACUCUCACAGCCUCCUGUCGGAAAACUCCAUCGCCUCAUCGCGAUUCGACCUCACCGAAGGAGCAUCCUACCCGGAGGCCAUCAUGAACCACCAGGGCACCUUCGGAGACAUCCAGAUCACAGUGCGCUACGCCACCCUGAGGACCAAACUCAUCGUCCUGGUCAACUCCUGCAGGAACCUCGUCCCCUGUGGUGAGAACGGCUCUGACGCCUACGUCCGCCUCUACCUGCUCCCAGACCAGUCCUGGAAGCACCGCGUGAGGACCCAGGUCAAGAGGAGGACCGUGAAUCCUGUCUUCAACGAGAAGUUUGAGUUUGAUGCAUCCAUACAGGAAGCAGCAACCAGGAAGUUGGAUGUCGCCGUGAAGAACAACAGGAUGUUUCACACAAGGGAGAGGAAGGAGAUUGGAAAAGUUCUUAUUGAUCUGUCCCAGCUAGACCUGGCGAAAGGCUCGACAGAUUGGUACGAGCUCACUCUACCAGGGUUGAGAACAACCAGCUAGGCAGAGCCAUUAUGUCAGGAAGAGAUGCUCUUCAGGACCGACACUGAAUUGCCAACUGAACUGAUUACACUUUCACAACAGCCUAUGUACCACUUAACAUUUGGAUGCUAUUGUAGGAUAUCUUUAAGAAUGACCUCUGCCCUUACAUGGUUGCACUUUUCUAAACUAUUUUCAUUUUUUUUUUUUGCUGCAUAAUAGUUGUGCAUAUUUUUACCUUAAUUGUAUGAAAGCGUAGUGUUGAGUAUGCGAUGUCUGGGAACUUAUGUCACAAGAAUCUUUACUUUUACUUGCAGUAACUGACAAAUUACAAAUUAUUUCUCCUAUUUUUAUGUUUUUUCUAUUUGUAUAUGGUUUUGUUGACUAGACAAUAUAUGGUUUAGCCAUAUUGGGGGCAUUUUAAUGUUUUUUAUUUUUAUUUCUUAACUCAAUCCAAACAAUUAUUUAUUUGAUUGGAGCAAAAAAAAAGUUUUUAUUGCUGUGCAUAAAGACUGAAAUACAAGUGUAGUUUUAUUUGAAUGCAUUUUAUUUGUACAUGACGAACAAUAAUCCUUAUUCUACAAUUUGCUAAUGUUAUUUUCUGUUUUAUUAAAUUAUUUUACAAUUA